AUGAACUUUGUCGAUCCCGCGCAGGUCACUCAGAAGGUCAUCUCGGGUGUAUACCAAGGUGUAACCACAGUUGAGCUUGACAAUCUCGCGGCAGAGACUGCUGCGUAUAUGACGACCAAGCAUCCUGAUUACGCAACCUUGGCAGCCCGUAUCGCUAUUUCGAACCUGCACAAAGAAUCCAAGAAGGUUUUCUCGCAGGUUGUGGAAGACCUCUACUGCUAUGUGAACCCCAAGAACGGCAAGCCAAGCCCAAUGAUCAGCGAUCGGACGUACGAGGUUGUCAUGAAGCAUGCGGACCGCUUGAACUCUGCCAUCAUUUACGAUCGCGACUUCAACUUCAACUACUUUGGAUUCAAGACCCUCGAGCGCUCCUACCUCCUCAAGAUUGACGGCAAGGUUGCAGAGCGGCCACAACACUUGCUCAUGCGUGUUGCCGUCGGUAUCCAUGGAGACGAUAUCGACAGUGCUAUCGAGACAUACAAUUACAUGUCCGAGAAGUACUUCACGCACGCCUCCCCCACCAUGUUCAACGCUGGAACGCCUCGUCCGCAGAUGUCGAGCUGCUUCCUGCUCACCAUGAAAGAGGACUCGAUUGAAGGAAUCUACGACACGCUCAAGACUUGCGCCAUGAUUUCCAAGACUGCCGGAGGGAUCGGUCUUAAUGUCCAUAACAUUCGAGCCUCGGGGUCCUAUAUUGCAGGCACCAACGGACACUCGAACGGCCUGAUCCCCAUGCUUAGGGUCUUCAACAAUACAGCGCGUUAUGUUGACCAAGGCGGUAACAAGCGUCCUGGUGCGUUUGCCAUGUACCUCGAACCCUGGCACGCGGAUGUCUUUGACUUCUUGGACCUGCGCAAGAACACAGGCAAAGAGGAAACUAGAGCCCGUGAUCUGUUCCUUGCACUCUGGGUGCCAGAUCUGUUCAUGAAGCGCAUAGAAGAGAACGGCGACUGGAGUCUCUUCUGCCCUGCCGAGGCACCCGGUCUGCAGGACGUCUGGGGUGAAAAGUUCGAGGAGCUCUACACAACCUACGAACGCGAAGGCCGAGCUCGCAAGACUAUGAAGGCUCAGAAAUUGUGGUUUGCGAUCCUUGAGGCCCAAACCGAGACAGGCACACCCUUCAUACUCUACAAGGAUGCCUGCAACCGCAAAUCAAACCAGCAGAACCUCGGUACCAUCAAGUGCAGUAACUUGUGCACGGAGAUCAUUGAGUACAGCAGCCCCGAUGAGGUGGCGGUCUGCAACCUGGCCAGCAUCUCCUUGCCUGCGUUUGUCACCGAUUCCACGACAUACGACUUCAAGAUGCUGCAUAAAAUCGCCAAGGUGGUCAUCCGCAAUCUGAACAAGAUCAUCGACGGCAACUACUAUCCAGUGCCCGAGGCUGAAAAGUCCAACAAGCGCCAUCGUCCCGUCGGUCUCGGGGUCCAAGGUCUAGCGGAUGCCUUCUUCAAGAUGCGCAUGCCCUUCGAUUCACCCGAAGCGCGCAAGCUGAACGUUCAGAUUUUCGAGACCAUCUACCACGCCGCUCUCGAAACUUCUUGUGAGCUCGCUCAGGAGGAAGGAACCUAUGAGACAUAUGAGGGAUCACCCGUCUCCAAGGGGAUCCUGCAGCCGGACAUGUGGGGUGUCACCCCCAGCGAUCUUUGGGACUGGGCUACGCUGCGCGAGAGCAUUGCCAAGCAUGGUGUCCGCAACUCCUUGCUUGUGGCACCCAUGCCCACGGCCUCGACCUCGCAGAUCCUCGGUAAUAACGAGUGUUUCGAGCCUUACACCUCCAACAUCUACACACGACGCGUCUUGGCAGGAGAGUUUCAGGUGGUGAAUCCUUGGAUGCUCAAGGACCUUGUCGAGCAAGGUCUGUGGAAUGAUUCUCUCAAGAACCGGAUCAUUGCCGAGAACGGCUCGGUUCAGAACAUCUCGGGCAUUCCUGAGGACCUCAAGGCCCUGUACCGUACCACGUGGGAGAUCUCACAAAAGGCCAUUAUCGACAUGGCUGCAGAUCGCGGCGCGUUCAUCGAUCAGUCGCAGUCGCUCAACAUCCACAUGUCGGACGUCAACUAUGGCAAGCUCACGAGCAUGGCCUUUUAUGGCUGGAAGAAGGGUCUCAAGACCGGGAUGUACUAUCUUCGUACGCGUCCCGCUGUCGAUGCAAUCAAGUUUACAGUCGACCAGCAGGCCAUUACCAAGAACAAACAAGUAGAAAAGGAAGCUAACGAGGCGGCCAUGCUGUGCUCGAUCGACAAUCAGGAUGCCUGUCUCAGCUGUAGUGGGUGA